AGCCCCCCCGCCCGUGCAGGCGCGGAGCCGGCGGCGCUCGGCGGCGAGCGGGGCGGCGGGCAGCGCCAUGCGGGCUGCCGCCUGCCUCCUCUGCCUGGCGCUCGGCGCCCUGACAGCGGCCCCAGGAGGCGCCGGGCCGGCGAAGGCGGCAGCGGGGCGGCGGGGCGAGAGCCCCUUCGCGGAGCGAGAGAGCAUCAGGCCCCUGCGGCUGGUCUCCGGCGAGGGCGGCGGCGGGGCGCGGUGGCCGGCGCUGAGCACGCGGGUGCGGAGCGAGGCGGCGCGGGCACAGUCUACCCACAUUGCUCGAGCCAGCUUCCAGGUUGAUGCUUUUGGAUCAUCUUUCAUCUUAGAUGUGACACUAAACCAUGACCUGCUGUCUUCUGAAUAUCUUGAGAGGCAUAUCGAGCAAGGUGGGAAGACAGUGGAAGUUAAAGGAGGAGAACAUUGCUAUUAUCAGGGAAAAAUUCGAGGAAAUUCUGUAUCAUUUGUUGCCUUGUCAACAUGCCAUGGAUUACAUGGGAUGUUCUAUGAUGGAAAUCAUACUUACCUUAUUGAACCAGAUGAAAACUACACUUCAGAUGAUGACUUCCAUUUCCACUCUGUUUACAAAUCCAAGUUGUUUGAAUUUCCUUCAGCCGACCUGCCGUCUGAAUUCUGGCAGACGAAUACUACAUCACAGAAUUUUGUUGUAAGGCCAAGACACAAAAGAAGGAAAAGGCAGGUUCGUCAGAUUCCACGUAAAGUUGAAGAAGAAACAAAAUACAUUGAGUUGAUGAUUGUAAAUGAUCACCUAAUGUGUAAAAAGCACCGCCUGUCAGUCGGCCAUACCAACAGCUAUGCCAAAUCAGUUGUGAACAUGGCUGAUUUGAUAUAUAAAGAACAACUUAACACCAGGAUAGUAUUGGUUGCCAUGGAAACCUGGGCUACUGAUAACAAGUUCACCAUAUCUGAAAACCCCUUGGUGACUCUACGUGAGUUUAUGAAAUAUAGGAGGGAUUUUAUCAGAGAGAAAAGUGACGCAGUUCACCUUUUUUCGGGGAGUCGUUUUCAGAGCAGUCGAAGUGGUGUAGCCCACACUGGUGGAAUCUGCUCCUUGCUUAAAGGCGGAGGUGUGAACGAGUUUGGAAAGCCAGACUUAAUGGCAGUCACCCUGGCACAGACCUUGGCCCAAAACAUUGGCAUUUUCUCAGACAGAAGAAAGCUUCUAAGUGGUGAAUGUAAGUGUGAGGACAUGUGGUCUGGAUGCAUAAUGGGAGAUAUGGGGUACUAUCUUCCAAGCAAGUUCUCUGAGUGUGAUAUCGAAGAGUAUCAUGAAUUUUUAAACAAUGGAGGUGGAGCCUGCCUUUUCAAUAAACCAACCAAACUUCUGGAUCCUCCAGAAUGUGGCAAUGGCUUUGUGGAAGACGGAGAGGAAUGUGACUGUGGGACAAUAGCGGAGUGUGCCAGUGAAGGAGGAGAGUGCUGCAAUACCUGCACCCUGACCGCGGGCUCCCAGUGCAGCAACGGGCUCUGCUGUCGGAAGUGCCGGUUUGAACCUAAAGGAGUCUUGUGUCGAGAAGCAGUGAAUGAUUGUGAUAUUGCAGAGAACUGCACAGGAAAUUCCAGUCAGUGUUCUCCUAAUAUCCAUAAAAUGGAUGGAUAUUCAUGUGAUAACAGACAGGGUAUUUGCUUUGGAGGAAGAUGUAAAACUAGAGACCGGCAAUGUAAAUAUAUCUGGGGUGAAAAAGUGACAGCUGCUGACAGGUACUGCUAUGAGAAGCUGAAUAUUGAGGGAACUGAGAAAGGAAACUGUGGAAGAGAAAAGGACUCUUGGAUACAGUGCAAUAAACAGGAUGUGCUUUGUGGAUACCUUCUGUGCUCCAAUAUAUCCAGUGUGCCCAGACUUGGAGAACUUGAUGGUGAAAUCACAACAUCAAUCUUGCACUAUGGAAAAGUCUACAAUUGCAGUGGUGGCCACGUGAAGCUCGAUGAGGACACGGACCUGGGCUACGUGGAGAACGGGACGCCGUGCGGGCCGGACAUGGUGUGCCUGGACCAUCGCUGCCUCCCCACCGAGGCCUUCAACUUCAGCACCUGCCCAGGCACUACCGACAGCCAGAUCUGUUCAGGACACGGGAUUUGUAGCAAUGAAAUAAAGUGUGUCUGUGACCGAUUCUGGGGAGGAGAUGACUGCAGUUCUCACAUCAAAGACGAUCUAUUUUUUGAUAAGGAUGCCAUCAAUAAAGGUGUGGUUAGCACAAAUAUAAUAAUAGGGGCUAUUGCUGGCACCAUUUUAGUGUUGGCUCUCGUUUUAGGAAUAACUGGUUGGGGUUACAAAAACUACAGAAGACAGAGACAAAUACCCCAGGGAGAUUAUGUAAAAAAGCCGGGAGAGGCCGACUCUUUUUAUAGCGACAUGCCUCCUGGAGUCAGCACAAACUCUGCAUCUAGUUCUAAGAAGAGGUCUGCUUUUCUGUCGCAUUUUCAGAUUUCUACCUGUUCCAUCACCCAUUAUUCCAUUAGUCAGAACAUUUCAUUGUUUUGCAGCAGGUCAAAUGGAUUAUCUCAUUCCUGGAGUGAAAGGAUCCCAGACACAAAACAUAUUUCAGACAUUUGUGAAAAUGGGAGGCCUAGGAGUAAUUCUUGGCAAGGUAAUAUAGGAGGAAACAGAAAGAAAGUCAGAGGCAAAAGAUUUAGGCCACGGUCUAAUUCAACUGAGACACUGUCUCCUGCAAAGUCUCCAUCUUCAUCCACUGGAUCUAUUGCUUCCAGCAGAAAAUACCCUUACCCGAUGCCACCACUUCCGGAUGAAGAGAAAAAAGUCAACAGGCAAAGUGCCAGGCUAUGGGAGACAUCCAUCUAGCUGCAGUGUUUUCCUGGGGUCACAUCAGAACUGUUUACUUUGGAUUUUAUAGAAACUCAGCAUCACUGAGUUACUGCACAUUCAUCUGCUCUUCAGACAAUUCGAAAGAUCAACAGAGAUGCCUGUGAUAUCACAGUGAUAACCUCCUGUCAUGUGGAAAGGAAAAAAACAUUCUUUUCUUUCUUUCUUUCUUUCUUUCUUUCUUUCUUUCUUUCUUUCUUUCUUUCUUUCUUUCUUUCUUUUUUGUUGACUUGUAUUUUAUGGAUUUGAUGAACAAACAAAAUAAUAGAAUUUGACAGAGAAUAAUUAGCUCAGAUGUGACAAGGCUGUUCUGAAUGGUGACCUAGAAUCCCAACUGCAGUCCAUUUGCCAGUCCUGUGUAAGAGAAGUUUUUCUCUGGUUUACUGCAGUCCUGAGUCAGACCAGAGUGGAACUGGGAAUGUGCCUCACGGAGAGCCCAGCUGAUGUAAACUUGUACGCUGUAUGCAUGAACCUUGUGUUCUUUACUUUCCACAUGUACGGGAAAAACAACAUACUCUAUAGAGACUAGCAUGCAGGAGUAAGAAAUAUAGAAUUUUUUUUUUGUGACAGGAUUUCAAGCUUUGAAAGGCAACUAUUUGACACAAACCGCAAACAAAGAUUAUAUCUCUUUUUUUUUUUUACCUUACAUGUUUAUAAUCUCAGUAUACAGAUUGUAUAUAUGUAAACAUUCAAUAAUGUCAAAAAUAGCUGUUAUACGUCUGUGUAUUUUGCCAAAUGCCUAAAGAAACAGUCAUGACUAACAUCAUCACACUUCAGAUUUUCUAAUAUUAUGAGCAGGCAUCCUCGGAAAUACAGAAAGUACAGUACUGUAAAACUGUGUCUCUCAGAAACUGGUGUUUGACCAAAAUCUAUACAACUUUUUCAGCAUCUUAUACUGUCUUGACAAUCUCAAUUGUACAGCAGACUGCAGAAACCAGUACAGCAGCACUUUGUCUUAAAUCAUCAUAAAAGGAACCAGCCAAAAUCCCUUGUUUAGUAAGAUAACCGCUGUAUCCUCUCACAGGUGUAAUCAAGAAUGAUUCAGCAGACAACAGUCUUUAAGUCAUGUACAACCCAAACUUACUGGACAUUUGGGAAUACUUCUAAGCAGUCAGUUCAGGAUGCGGUGAUGUGAAGUCUGUGAGAGUUGCUGUGUAUUUUUGAUAGAGCAUUUCAGACACUGUUUUAGAUGGCAAGGCAUAGGCUUAUGAGAAGCAUAACAAUUUCACUGCACUAGAUAAAUAACAGUGCUGGGCAAGUGGCCAGUUUCAUUGCUGUCUUUCAAUUCUUAUUUGUUCCUGGAAUCGCAUUUCCCAUGUGCUUGAAUGCUAUGCUUGCUGCCCCUGAAGCCCCCUUGACAAUUUUUUGGGGCAUUAAACUGAGCACAAGUGAAUUUAGCUUAAAAAGAAUGGGGUGAGGGGGAACAACUCUUUACCAUGUUAAUCUUGUCUGUAACUUAAUGGUUGUAUUUCUAACACCUGAGACUUCUAAAGAUCAUUGUAAAGCAGAUGCCUUCUGGUUGGGAACUUUCAGUUAGUAAGAAACUGGACCAUAUUAAAUCAGUUUAUAGUUCUCUGGUUUUCCAAAAUGACUACUUAGCUUCAGGUAGUACUAUUGCAGAAUAAAACACCCAACUCUGUGGUGCAGUUGAAUACCCUACCCAACAGCUGUAUGAUUAAUUAGAUUUUAUUGUAAUGGGAACAUCUAUGGUGUUUCUGAAUCGUCUACCUCUUUCAUGUAUUUCCUUUAGUAAGUGAACCCAACACUUGCAGCCUUUUAAUGUAUUUUUUUAACUUUUACGUCUCUCAAUAAAGUCAGAUAUAUGUAAGAUUAAAUUAAGAAAUGUUUAAACAUGUCGUCAGCUGUAAAAUAUGUGAGAUUUUUAGAAGCACUAUAUUUUAUGAUUAGGCUGUAUGUUGGAUUAUGACAAAAUAUUGGCCUUGGCAUUCAAAUGGUUUUCUCACAGUCAACAGGUUCUGGUAAGUAUUUGGAAAAAGACAAAUGUAAGAGAGCACAAAUGGGUGCAGACUGACCAUCUGGAAAGAGACAGUCACUUGUAACUGCUUUAGGGAAAGAUUCUGCAUUUUUGUGAAAAGUAAAUAUACCAAUCAGCACAGAAGAAUAUUUUUUGCAAAGAUUUACUUUGAGUGUAGCUAUCUGGAUUAAAGAUAUUUGACAGCAUGUUGCUUAUGAAAUCAGGGUCUGAGCCAUAACUUGAAAUCAAUAUGUCUUUUGUUGAUUUCACUAGACUUUGAGCAGGACCCUCAAGAGGUUCACCCACAUUAGGACAUUAUGAUAACCUGAUCAUCACUGUAUUACUCUGUCGCCUGGAAGCUGAUUUUCCCUCCCAUAUUCAUAUAUUGUCUUUAGUAAGUGGACUGUUCAUCGUGGGCCUUUUAUGGUAUUUUUUGGAUACAAACUGGCAUGUAGUUUUGAAGGAUCCCAUUAGAUUUCCGUGCAUAUCUUAUGUUUACCACUGUUUACUCUUCCCUUUCCAUUUUGCCUUACCAAGAAGCAGCAAGAUUUGGCAGACAGAACUGGAGAUAACAUGCAGGGUCUUUCUGCUAUGUUCAUAGCUUCUUGUUUUGCAAACAAAUGGCCCUCCUGACUGUAUUUUCAAUGUCGUAUGUACUUCCAGCUUCUUUUGUUUUGGCAUAAUUCAUUUGUAGCAUAUGAUGAUACACUUAUGUGUGUAGUGUACCUUUAACAGUCACCCUCACAUCUGGAGAUAUGUAGUGACUGGAAGUCUAGUUCUGAGCACUAAAUUUAAGUUAAAUAAAUGUUGACUUUCACUUUGGUGGUCUAGUGUGAGAAUAUCACAGGACUUGUGUUCUUGCAAAAUUCUUCUGCAGAGAACUUUGCAUCAGGUUGGUAACUUGGGAAACCUGAACUGGCAGAGCUGUGUGAGCCUCCCAAGCCAGUGGAGGUUGGACAGAGAAGUUACAAAGCUGUCAUUUCCUACUUUUAAAAUGUAGUAUGUUGGAAAGCUGCCAGAUUAAUGACCUUGAAGAUGGCAAAUAUUUUUAUCCACUGUAGUUAGUCACACUGGCAAUAGCAAUAUAAACUGCUGCAUAAUACCUCAUCCAGACUAAAAUAGAGUACUUGUCACUAAUAUAGCGCAGUCAUUUUGACUAAUUGAGACUCAUGCUUUUAUUUUUGUUUUAUUUUAAUAAAUGAUCUAGUUAUUGCCAACUAUGCUGUAGAUGCCGGUUGAAGUGAGGAAGCCAUCAAUUCUCAACUAGAAGUAAUUGUUUCUAUGAGCAUAGGACUGGCAGGAUGAGAUAUACUUAAGUUACCUUUAUGUAUUUCAGUGUGAGAGAACACAUUGUGUAAUUUAUAAUAAAAUUAAUGUGACUAACUGAUGGAGACUGGAAAAUUGAGAUUGUAUCUAAAAAUAAUGCUGGACAAUGAUGCCACAUUUAACAAGUAAAGAUUUACCUACUAAUUCUGGAUUUGUUGACUUAAGAACUUCAGUAAUCUCAGGCAAUAUACCAGAGAUAGUUGUGACUGAUAAUUUACAUGUAAUUAUUAUAUUGUAGUUGUUAUAUUUAAGUAAGUAGAUUCAAGGAGAUUGUUAAUUUUACAGAGCCUAUCUUUACUUAAAUUGUGACUAAAGUCACAACUUGCCAGUCACCUUAAGUGUGACUUGACUUUGAAGACGGCUUCUUCCAAAUGAUUUAAAGAGUUCCUGAUUUAUGAGAUGUUGAACCUGCUGAGCUCAUGUGCUCAUGAAAUAAUUUUGAUUGUGCUAUUGAACAAGUGGACCUUUGAGGUAUAGCCUGCAUUAAAAUCAGAAAGAAAUUGUGUUAAUAGUCAGUGUACUGAAAUCCACUUACUCAGAUCCCUAUUGCUGGUUUGGACUGAUUGGUUUUGUCAAUGCUAAUACUUUUUUGAAAACCAGAGGUAAGAAUGGGUACAUACACUAUUAUAGAUAUGCGUAUACUACAAAUUCUGACAAAUAUACUACAAAUUUGCUGUAACUUUAUUAAUGAAUUAAUUAAUGGAUAGAAUAUAAUGUGAAAGAAGGACGAGACUCCAUAAUCCUAAAGGAUAUACUCUUCAGUUAGCCCUUAGGACUUGCUCUGUCAUUGAAUCCCAUAGCUAGUUGUAAGCAAAGUUAUCAGACUCCAGCGUAAAACUCAUGAGCUGUUCUCUUCCAUCCUCUUUUCACUUCUACUGAAAAGAAUUCUCAUGAAACAUUCAUCCACUAACAGCCUCUGUGAGUUGGCUGACAUCAGAAAGCUGCUAAGUUGGUCACCUUUCCACACUAUGGAUAGGGUCUUUCCAAUGCUGUUAAUAAUAGUAGGUUAAAUGAGGAAGAAAUUCUUUACUGUGAGGGUGGUGGGACACUGGCACAGGUUGCCCAGAGAAAUUG